AUGACCUUACCCAAACCCAGCUCAGCCUUCACCAUCCCCAGUGUUCACGAUGAUCUCGAACUCGACUGUCGUGUAUAUUAUCCACGGUUCAGUAACAGUAAGCUCUUUGGACGAGCUUUUGCGAUUUUGGCACAUCCAUACGCGACUCUUGGUGGCUGCUAUGACGAUCCGGUCGUAGGGUCUGUAGGCAGCACCCUUUUGCAGAAUGGCAUUACAGUUGGCACGUUCAAUUUCAGAGGGGCUGGAGACUCGGCUGGCCGGACUAGUUGGACAGGACGACCCGAGCUCACCGAUUAUGUGUCAUUCUAUGGCUUCAUGCUGUGCUGCAUAAGCACCUUAGAGCGUGACGCAGAAAUCUCUUCAUUGGAGAAGCCGACAGGUCGUCCGCCGUUGCUUAUUCUCGGCGGGUACUCGUACGGAUCUCUUAUCGCAUCUUGCCUACCCCCAACCGAAUUUGUGUCUCAGCUGUUUGACGCCGUUGCGGAGGACUCGGCCGAGGCAGAAAUCAAGAGCCGGGCUGAGAAGACGGCUCGAGAUCUGGGAGCAUACUUUGAGAUGCUGCGGGAUGGGUCCAUCGGACGGGGACGCAGCAGUCUGCGCGUUCCCGGUCCUGUCUCGCCAACCAAAAGAGGAAUCGCUAUGGGCGGGUAUGACUCGGAAGCCGCCAGCCGAAGAAUCAGCCGAGAAUCAUCUCGCAGGAGCCUUGACGGCGACAGAGUAAGAAGGAGCCUGGAUCGGGCACGGCAACGGUUGCGAUCCCGCGUAUCCAGCGAUCAGUAUCCAAGCACGCCGACUGCACCACCGUCUCGCCAAGGCGAGCAAGUGGAGGUGGUUCGGCCAGAUGUUGCGUAUCUGCUCAUCUCACCACUUCUGCCACCAAUUUCUGGUUUUACUGUCAUGUUCUCCAAGCCCACCUUCGAGAAGCGAGAUCCCAAAACAGGACGAAUAGCUGUUAAAGAUAAUUCGAAUAGGGACCAGAAGUUCACGGACCACCCGACGUGCUUCAUUUACGGCAGAAGAGACGGCUUUACUUCCAGCUCCAAGCUCGGGAAAUGGGCGAAUGAACUCCACCAGAAAGCCAGUUCGACAUUCUCCUCUUACGAAGUUGACGAAGCUGGUCACUUCUGGGCAGAGAAGGGGGCUACGGGCCGGCUACAGUCCAGUGUCAAAGACUGGUUGGCAAUUAUAGAGCAAAGUCAGGUGCGAGAGCGUGGGAGCGGCGCCAAAGGGUGA